AUGAGCUCGCGCGUGGAGACGGAGAUUCUCAACAAGUACAACCUGACGACGCUGUACCCGGCGGCAUGGCCCGAGGACAAGGACGCGGCCGACGAGGGCGAGCUGUCGGACGAUGAGGCGUCGACGGAGGUAAUAGCAGGAGCGGGAGCAACAACAACGAGAGCAGCAGCAAUGCGGCGGUCGCGGUCGCGGUACUCUGUGCUCGAGGACCGGUCGCGCUUCUCGCGGCUGGUGCCCGGGGCGGAGCGGUCCAAGGACGGGGUGGAGACGCUGGUGCAAAAGGACGAGGCGGACGCGCUGGGGCUGUACCCGAGCGUGGUGCAGGUGCUGCGGGCGCGCAAUCUGUCGGUCGAGGACGACGUCAAGCUGCGCAACCGCUUCCUCCUCAGCUCCACCACCUUCUCGCCCUCGCUGUUCCUCUCGCAGGUGCACAGCGACGCCUCGACCGACACGCUGCUGCAGGGCCUCGACUUCCUGUCGCGCUCCAUCGAGCAGAAGUCGGCCUCGCUCAAGGUGCUCGUCGAGACCAACUUCGAGCGCUUCGUCGGCGCAAAGGCCACCAUCGACCGCGUCUACAACGAGAUGCGCCAGCAGGGCACCGACGCCGACGCCGACGCCGACGCCGACGCCGACGCGCCUCCACGCCCGCUCCAUGCCCCUGCCCACACGCGGGGCGCCAGCCGCUCCAGCUUCUCUGCCCGCAAGUCCAGCGUCUCGCUGCAGCCCACCCCCUCGGCCGCGGCCUUGACCUCCAGCGCGCCCGACAAGGAGCGCAAGAAGAACGCGCUGGUCAAGGAGAGCGAGUACGGCGUGCACGGCAUCAAAGUGCCCCUUACAGAGGUCGCCGUCAAGGCCGAGGAGGUCUGGGGUCCCGCCCUCGGCGGCCGCGACAAGGAGGAGACGCUCAAGGCCAUCCUCGACGCCCUCGAGUCCAACCGCGGCCUCUUCGAGCUCGGCGCCUCGGUCCAGGACGCCAUCCGCCGCAACGACCACGACACGCUCGUCGACGAGUACCGCCGCGCCCGCAAGUACACCGAGGACGCCCGCUACAUUGUCGAGCAGGCCAACUACGCCAAGAUGCCCCUCGCCGACGCCCAGAUCCACCAGAUCAUCGUCACCGCCACCAUGUGGGCCGACGUCGAGCGCCAGAUGGAGCACUUCAAGCGCGACGCCUGGAAGCGACUGGCCGCCACCCACUUCACAAACCACCACCCCGGCGCCGACAACACAAAGUCGGACGAGCACAUGGGCCUCAUCUCCAUCAUGCUAGAGCUCGGCGUCGACGACAAUCCCAUCUGGCUCUGGCUGCUGUCGCGCUACGAGCACCUCAAGGCCCGCCUCAACAUGCUGUGCGAGCGCUCUCGAGUCGAGAUUGAGAUCUUGCGCCGCCAUCUGGCCAACGCCGAGAAGCCCACGCUGCCAUCCGUCCAGAAACACUUGCGCGCCGUCCCCACGACCUGCAACGCCACGCCCGAGCCCUCCAAGCUCGACGCCCCCAAAAUCGUCGAGUUCUGGGAGCACGUGCAUGCCUCCAUGACGACGCUGCUCUCGACAAAGGGCGGCUUGCUGGGCGAGCUGAUCGAGUACUGGGACAUUGCGCAGUCUUUCAUGAGCGGUCGCGCCCAGCGAAACAUGCCCACGGGUUACCAGAACCAGUCGUCCGUCCACCACAAGCUCACCGAUCAGAACAAGAGGGAGCUCGAAAAGGGCACCACCGAGCUCAUCCACAUCAUCCGCGAGCAUCUCAACUCCUUCUUCUCCGACCCACCCAUCGACGAUGUGUCUGCGCUCUUGUCCCCCAUGCCGACAACCCCAACUCCCACCACGCCGCGCACUCCGCUCACGGCGGCUCUCAGCCCAACAUCGGGUUCGAGGUUCAAGUUCGACCCAAACAAUGUGCCCCCACCGUCCCCCAGCCGUGGCGAGACCUGGGAGAAGUAUGCCUUCUGGCCACCGCACGCAAACGCCCUGUCCGGCUCACACUACCUCUCCAAGGUGCUUGUUCUCGUCGGCACCGCUGCCAACGAGCUGGCUUCUCUCCGCCUCCCCGAGACGGGGCCCUCCUCGCGCUUGGACGAAGCGCUGCGCCUGCUCGUUGGCGGGAUUCGCGAACGCUGCAUCUCCGCCGUGUGCGCAGCCUGGAACACCGACGCAGAGAAGCUGAAGGUGCUCGAGGACUGGACCCGCAACGCCGACCGCAAGGACACCACAAACUUGCCACAGCGCUUCUUGGUAGUGCAGUCCUUCCUCCUCAAUCACCUGCAGAAGAUCAUGUACGUCGAGGCCUCGAGUAAGACACCCGUAGACGUCGUCGUCCCACCAAGCAACAAACUGCUGCAGAUGCUCAGGAGCCAGUUUGUGACCAGCUUGUACCGCACGCUCAGCGGUAUGGUCGAGUGCGCAGAAAUGGGCCGCAAAGCACUGGGCGACGACUUCCAGACCAAAGGCGACGAGCUGACUAUUGAUGGCGAGGAAGACAUGGACGGCGAGUGGGGCAAAGUCGAUGCCAACAACAGGUCAACGCGCCUCCUCCUCACCCUCUCCAACAUGUCACAUUUCCAGUCCGACAUAACACCGCACCUCCUCUCCCUCUUUGAAACCCUUUUUUCGGUGCAGCUCACCGACGAGACCUCGCGCAUCCGGGACGUGCUCUCGCAGCUGGACACGCAGCUCUUCAAAUCCUACACGAAGCCGCACGCGCUGCAGAUCCAAGCCUGGAUUGAAUCGGGCAUUUUGUCGCGCAGCUGGGCGAGCGGGGCGCGCGAUCGAAACCGUGGCGUCGCGGAUCUGGACCCCAGUCCUUACGUCUCGACGGUGCUGCUGCACCUGGUCACGAUCCACAGUCUGACAAGCACCACAAUCCCUAACAGCGCGCUCACGCCACGCAUCCUCAAGUCGCUCUUCGAAUCGACCACGACGGCGCUCAUCAGCACCUUUAGCUCGCCGCGUCUCCCCACCAUCUCGCUGCCGCAGCUCAUGCAGGCGACGCUCGACGUCGAGUUCAUCAGCCAGACGCUGGCGAGCUACACGACGGACAAGGCGAGCCAGACGCAGACGGACAUGUACCAAGUGCUGGAUCAGAAGACGGACAACGGGGCGCGCGUGGCGCUCCAGGAGGAGCUGGGCGGGCUGAGGGCUGGCCUGAAGCGGCUGCGAGAGGGUCGCCGCGCCGAGUUUAUUUGUUUUAGGCGGGUAAAGAGAGGCACAGUCGUGAGUCCCAAUCCCGAGCAAGAGAGAGGCAGACGCUAG